AUGCCUACACCCAAGCACGAUGUUGUGGUCGGAGUUGACUUUGGCACUACGGCCUCUGCUAUUGGCUACUCUAGCAUUUUGCUAGAUUACCCCUAUGAUCGUCCAACGUUAAUCAAACAACCCUGGAGAGGGACUUUUUACAAAAAGAUUCCAAGCGUUCUUGCUUACAUUCAAGACAACCCUAAUCUUCUGGAGAACCAGUGGGGAUUUCCUGCUCAAAAAGAACGCAAUGUGGUCUCUUGGUUUAAGCUGUUCUUGGAUGAUGAUCUUAAGAUCGAGACCGAGAGCUGGAAAGCGGAUGCGAUGGGAUUGGCAAGUCCUCGAGGGAUUAUGUCUCUUCCAAUAGGGAUAUCCUCAAUUGAUACCAUCUCGGAUUAUCUAGGCGCUCUCCAGGCCAGGAUCUGGGACCAUCUCAAGGGAGAAUUUACUAAUGCGAAGAAGAGUCUGGAGACAAGCACCAUCAAGUUCUGUUUUACCAUACCAGGUCACUGGUCCACAGAAGCCAGGCGGAAUAUGCUUAUUGCUAUUGAAACAGCAGGUUUUAGAUCGAGGAAGUGUGACGAUGUCUGCCUACUUACAGAGGCGGAUGCUGCUAUUGUCUUCGCUCUGUCGAGCUCACGAGAUUCCACAGGAUCUUUACCUCUUAAGGAUAUUGCGAGUUUUAUAAUCUCGAAGCACAAUCCUCUUGUAUACGAUAAGCUUGGUCCAGGCUCAGGGAAACUAUGCGGUUCCACUUCGGUGGACAGGGAGCUUUACAAACUCAUGCAAGAAAGAUUUGGUGCUGUCUUUUCUAGCUUACCAUGGUAUAUGAUUGGGCUCACAAGCAAAUUCAUGCAGCAUUUCAUGGAAGUUAAGUGUGCGUUUACUGGACGUGGAAAUGCGAUUUUCCAACUCCCCCUUGACAUGAACGUGUCGCAACCCUUAAGCUCAGAGUGGUAUAAUCAAAGCACAGGACAUGUGUUACUAUCCAGUGCCGAUCUUCUCAAGUUAUUCCAACCCUCUGUCAGCACAAUCGUCAAUUGCUUGAAUAGCCAUAUGAGUGGGGCCAAUGGCAUCGGGAGAGACGCACCAGCCAUCAAAAAAAUCUUGCUUGUCGGAGGAUUCUCUCUUUCGUGUUUCCUUGAAAGUGAGAUCACACGUGCAUUUCCCGAUAUGACCAUCGUCGUCGACCGUCAAAAUGCAUUAACGGCUGUCGUCCAGGGUGCGAUCGCAUGGGGCAGUGGCAAAGUUGAGCUACGAAGCAUGCGCAGUCCGUGCCACUUCGGGCUCUUAGCCGUGAACCUAGUCGAUUUUCCCCUUCCCGGAGAUCGCUUGCGAACGGAUGUAAUGAUCCAAGGCGUAGGGACUUUAAUCCACCGAGAGGGAGAGUCCUACAUGAAAGUCAUCAACAUCUUUAUCUCAGGCAGUAAGGAUCCUCCCACCAGGGUCAGUGAGCGAGGUCCCUCUAAGAUUAGCACCCUGGCAAUCGACAUUUCGAGCAUCAACCUCUCCGACUGCGAGCGCGUUGAAGGAGGCGGACCCUGUGCCUGGAAGGUUAAAUACAUGAUAACUGCUCGGUUGGGAGACACCGAUGGUACUAUCCACUUUGAUAUCUAUUGGGAGAAGGCCCAUCUGGUGAAUUGGAAAUUCAAGCCUGGUUUCAUUCGGUAUUGA